CAGAGCGCUAGGACCUGCCCCCUCUGGCGCCCGGGCUAGAAAAGAGCGUUGAUGCCGGCCACAGGGAUGAGUCCUAGGCGGCACUGCCGGCCCGGCGGCUCUGAGGAGCGGGUGCUGCUGGUGGCCUCUUUGCAGAUGUAUUUCUGUCAUUGAACAUUGGCCCAUUUGAAGGCACGAGGGGAGCUCAGCCAUCAGUAUGUCCAAGUACAAACUGAUCAUGUUAAGACAUGGGGAGGGUGCUUGGAACAAAGAGAAUCGUUUUUGUAGCUGGGUGGAUCAGAAACUGAACGACGAAGGCCUGGAGGAAGCUCGGAACUGUGGGAAGCAACUGAAAGCGCUAAACUUUGAGUUUGAUCUGGUGUUCACAUCCGUUCUUAAUCGGUCCAUCCACACAGCCUGGCUGAUCCUGGAAGAGCUAGGGCAGGAGUGGGUUCCUGUGGAAAGCUCCUGGCGUCUGAAUGAGCGUCACUACGGAGCCUUGAUCGGUCUCAAUAGGGAGAAAAUGGCUUUGAAUCAUGGCGAAGAGCAAGUGAGGAUCUGGAGAAGAAGCUACAAUGUGACCCCGCCACCCAUUGAAGAGUCUCAUCCUUACUACCAGGAAAUCUACAGUGACCGGAGGUAUAAAGUGUGCGAUGUACCUGUGGAUCAACUGCCACGGUCUGAAAGUUUAAAGGAUGUUCUGGAGAGACUCCUUCCCUUUUGGAAUGAAAGGAUUGCUCCUGAGGUGUUACGUGGCAAAACCAUUCUGAUAUCUGCUCAUGGAAAUACCAGUAGGGCACUCCUGAAACAUCUGGAAGGUAUCUCAGAUGAAGACAUUAUCAACAUUACUCUUCCCACUGGCGUCCCCAUUCUCCUGGAACUAGAUGAGAACCUGCAUGCUGUUGGGCCUCACCAGUUCCUGGGUGACCAAGAGGCUAUCCAAGCAGCCAUUAAGAAAGUAGAUGAUCAAGGAAAAGUGAAAAAAGCUGCAAAAUAAAGUUUUUUCCAAGUGUUGGCUAGGAAUAGCUACAAAAAGGAGUGGCAUGCAGUGUGUUAUAGGUGCUGAUCUCUCCCUCUCCUCUCUCUCCCUUUUCCUGAUUUUUCCAGAGCUAGGCUGUGGGGUAAAGUUUGUAUCAGUAACUAGGUAACUUAUGUUGGCCCAGAUAAAGACUUUAGGGUGCCUGAGUGCUUAUGUCAUAAAUCUUAUAGGUUAGCUCUCCUGCUGGCCCUGUUUUGAGUUAAAUUACUCAGCAGUCAUAAGUUUCUUAGAUAGUAGAGUGAUAAUGGAGGUAGAGUUUAAGGUAUUCAUCAUUCAACAAAUCAUUAUGAAGUCACCACUGACAGGUACUAAUUACUGCAGUAAGUAGUUCACUUUUAUAUUUACUAAGACUUUCUGGGAUGAUAGGAGACUAUAUUAGAUAACUAUACUUAAGUAUUUAUUAUUAGUCUUUUCCUCUAGGAAAAGGGAUGUUUUAAUAGGUAAGAUGAGAGGCCCAUUAAAUGGGAAAGCCACAGAUGGGUUCCUCCACAACAGCCAGCAAUAAACAGCAGGCCCUUUGCCCUGUCUCUAGUCCAGAGACUCCUUUGACAUGUGGUGGAAUUCCUCUUUGGCAGUUAGAAUUAGCAGCACAUAAACAACUAUAGCUGUUUGUGUUCUCUUAUUUUUGUUUCUUGAACUUUAAUCCUUGGGUACUUAAAUUGGUUUUAAAAUAAAGUUCUGUGACCAAAAAUGA